AUGUACGGCGCCUCCCGCAACACCUCGUCUUUCUUGGACAAUACGCCUCUUCCCGAGGUGGACAGCAGUAGCGCCGCGUCCACUCCGCUGGUCAUGAAGAGGCGAGAGGGCAAGGGCCCUUUGGAAGACGGGAACCAGCUUUCGCUGCGGGAGCAAGAGAACGUCAUCGACAAGAUCGAGAAGGAGAACUUUGGUCUGAAGCUCAAGAUUCACUUCCUGGAAGAAGCGCUGCGGAAAGCCGGCCCCGGUUUCAGCGAGGCCGCCCUCAAGGAGAACACCGAGCUCAAAGUAGACAAGGUGACCAUGCAGCGCGAACUUCAGCGAUACAAGAAACACCUUACCUCGGCCGAGAAAGACCUCGAGAAUUACCGAAAUCAGAUCCUCGAGAUGCAGGAAAAGGCCAAGCGGAAGUAUGCCGACGAAGAACAGCGAGCCGAGCUUGAGCGGUUACGGCAGCAGCUCGAGGAGAAGGACGCGGAAAUCGACGACCUGAACCGCCAGCUGGAGGAACGGGACAAUGAUGAGGACAAGGUGGAGAGACUCCAGGACGAGAUUGGCGACCUCGAGGCGGACCUUCGGCGCAAAGACGACUUGAUCACCCAACACGAAGAUGAGAUAGAGGAGCUCAGGGAGAAAGUCGACGAUGCCGAAGAGCGGCUCAAAGAUACGCAACGGCGUAUGCUGGAGCUGGAGGAAAAGGCUCAGGAUGGGGACCGUCUCCGCGAGGCAAGGGAAACAAUUGAGGACCUGGAAACCAGCGUGCGGCGUUUUGAGCAGCAAAUGGAGGAUAUGAGGGAGAAGUUCCAGGACGCGAUAUCACAGAAGGACCGUGCCGAGGCAGAUCUGGAGGAACUACAAGAGGAAAUGGCCAACAAGUCACUCGUCACCAAGGGUCUCUCCCGCCAAGUCGAGGAGAAGGUUGCGCGUCUGCAAUCCGAGGUCGAUAAGGCUCGCCAGGAAUGCUUGUCCCUGGAGGAAGAGCGUUCCGCGCAACAAAAGGAGAUGGAGGGCUUGAGGAUCAAGCUCAGAGAGGCCCGCGAGGAACGCGACUCUUCGGAGCGCAUUCGGCUU